UGCAUCAAGCGGCGGUCUGACGUCAAUGCCACACCCGUGUGACGUCAUUGUUGGGCCAUUCCGGCAUGUUGCAAUGUCUGAUAUGCGUCGAUGCCAGUCUGUCAUAGGCAUGACGUCAGCCUGACGCGUGUGACGUCAUUGUGACGUCAGUGUGACGCGUGACCGGCAGGAUUGGCGGUCCGCAGGCGCAGCUCGUCAGCGCCUCGUACGCUCGGUUGCCUAUCAUCUGGACCGACAUUGUGCCUACAAAAAGCAGAUCGCGGGUGUGCCGCGAAUACGACAGCGACAAGAACGGCCGCAUCAAGUUCAGGAUCCCCGGGCUCGACCUGGGUGUCGUCAAUGUGAAUGUGAAUGUGAAGGCACUGCGUGCAGGCAUCAGGUCAUCGACGGCCAGCAGCAGGCUGAAAAUCUGGUUCUCUCCAUCCAACUCAUUUAUGUCCAUAGAAGUGGUGAAGACUCCUUUCGACUUGAAAUGCAGUGGGUCCCUCGUCUUGAGGGUCAAGAGGACAUUCGACAUAGGAAAUAGGCAACUUACGUAUAUGAUCAUGACGCGAGGCCAGAUCAUCCGUCAGAGCUACGUUGACUCCCGGGGGCUGAUCAGAGUCCCCUUGGGUUUCGACGUGUCGCCGGUCUUUAAGGUUCUUGUCUACUUCGUCAACUCCCUGGGCGAGAUCGUGUCGGACUCCAAGGCCUUCAAAGUAGCCAACUGCUUCCAGAGCCAGGUCAGCGUGUCAUGGAACAAGAAGCAGGUGAAGCCAGGGGAAACGGCCACAUUUACUGUGCGCGGCGCGCCCAACUCUCUCUGUGGCGUCUCGGCGCUGGACCGCAGUGUGGAGCUCCUGAGCAGCGCCAACAAGCUGACGGCGGACAGCGUAUUUGCGAAGCUGCGUCAAUUCAUUAUCAGCGCUGGCAGCUACCCGAGCCUCAUCGAAAGCCCCUACGUCUACUGCAAGCGCAAGCCACGCCAUGGCUGGACGCCUGUCUUUGGGCCUCUGAACACCUCACCAUCGCCAUUUCCUCAAAAUUCUCAACCGCCAAGCCGAUACCGGACGCACUACUACUAUAUAGUAGAAGAGGACGACGCCAUCAAAGCAUAUGAUGAGGCCGGGUACCUGCCGCUGACAAAUCUGGUGCUGGAGACCCGUCCCUGCGAGCGACGGAAGAGGAUCAUCUGCCCACAUUGCCGUUACCUCAAUGGGGGCGGUAGCGGCGUCCCAAGACAUCAGUUUCUUCAACGCUCAGGCACUACUGGUCCGUCACCGGCUGUGGCUAAUUCGGCAGGCCGGACGUCGGCGGCCGUGGCUGUGGCCGUACGCUCCUUUUUCCCGGAGACGUUCCUCUUCCAGCUGGAGGGUCUUGGGGGCGACGGUGAGGUGGAUCUCAAGCAGAAGAUGCCAGACACCAUCACACGCUGGGUCGGCUCCGCCUUCUGCAGCAACUUAAAGAGCGGGUUCGGACUCUCGGAGACGGCCUCCAUUACCACAUUCAAGCCGUUCUUUGCUGAGAUCAACGUGCCGUUCUCGGUCAAGCGAGGCGAACUGCUACGGCUCAAGGUCUCCGUGUUCAACUUCCUGGCGACUGAUCUGUCGGUGCUGGUCGAACUGGCGCCCUCUAAGGACUUCAGCGUGGACGGCGGCGCGCCACGCACCCACGCGAUCUGCGUGCGGGCGGACCGGCCGUCGGUGGUGGAGUUUCCGCUGCAGUUCAGCAGCCUGGGCGAUGUGGACAUCACGGCGACGGUGCGGGCGGACGGCGCUGCCUGUGGCAAGCCCAACACCGUGCAGGCCAGUGACGCGCUGCGCCGCAGCUUGCUGGUGAAGCCUGAGGGCUUCCCGCAGGAGGAGGUGUCCACCGCCUUCGUUUGCCGGCCAGAGGGUACCCCAGCCGCCACAGUGGUGACGUUCCCGCUGCAACUGCUUCCCACGCUGGUGCCCGACUCGCAGCGCGCCUGGAUCUCCGUCGUUGGGGACCUGCUCGCGCCGUCCUCCGCGAAUUUGGAACGCUUGGUGCGAGUCCCCACUGGAUGCGGAGAGCAGAACAUGAUCGGCUUUGUUCCCAACAUCUUCGUCCGGCGUUACCUUGAGGAAGUCAAGCUGAUCACAGAUGCUCUUCGGAUAAGAACUACGAAUAACAUGAGGACCGGCUAUCAGCGCGAACUGCGCUUCCGGCGCCGUGAGGGCUCCUAUUCCGCUUUCCCGGAGCGGACGCCGAAGAUCCGCAACGGCUCGCUCUGGCUGACGGCGUACGUGGUGCGCUCGUACGCGGCCGCCAGCCGCUACAUUGCCAUCGAUGCUAAAGACCUGGACAUCAGCACGCGCUGGAUCGCCGGCCGCCAGGAGGCGACCGGCGAAUUCAGCCCGCACGGCGCGCUCUUCCACCGUGAGAUGCGGGGCGGCGUCGGCAGAGGCGGCAACGAGGCGCUCACGGCGUACGUGGUGCUGGCACUGAUGGAGGCCGGCGGCCAGCAGGCGGUCGUCAAGCGCGGCCUCGACUUCCUCGUCAAGACGUCCGUCUUCAGCACGCUGUAUGCCGAGGUUCUGGUGACACACGCACUCGUGCAGAGUGGCAGGACGGAGGGCGCGACGCGCCUGGCCGCCCUGCUGAAGAAGGGCGUGCGCCGUGGCGGCCAGCUGCACUGGGAGGGCGACCGGUCCAGCGUGCACGGUGGCAGUCGCGCCGUCGACGUGGAGAUGACGUCAUACAUGGUGCUCUCGCUGCUGAAGGUCGGCGGCCGGGCCAACCUGGGUGAGGCAGCGCUCGCCAUCAAGUGGGUGAAUACACAGCGCAACAACGUCGGCGGCUUCGUGUCCACGCAGGACACUGUGGUGGCGUUGGCGGCGCUAACUGAGUUCGCCGUUGCCACGUACUCACCCAAGAUGUCGGUGGACGUGACGGCGUCCGCGCAGGGCGGCUUCUCGGAGCGAAUCAGCGUCACCGCCGGCACGCGCCUUCUCACGCGACAGCGUAGGAUCCCGGACCCCCUGAAGCUGCCCAACUCGGUCAAGUUCGAGGUGGCCGGCGAGGGGUGCGCCGUCGUGCAGUCGUUGUUCCGGUACAACACCAAGACUGCUUUCCCUGACCCGAGCUUCAAUCUGAAGGCCAACAUCAUCAAAAAGAGCAGCACGUGUUCCACAUUCACCUUGAGUAUCUGUGCAAGUUUCAAGAAACCCAAUACUGAGAGCAACAUGGCAAUUAUUGAGAUCGAAAUGAUAUCCGGGUUUGUGACGGUGGACAAAUCUCUGAGAGAUGUGGAGAAAGAAGGAGUGAUCCAGCGGUGGGAGUUCAAGGAAGGCAAGGCCAGCCUCUACUUCGACGAGUUCACCACCACCGAGGUGUGCUUCAGCGUGCGCUUCACGCAGGCCGUGGCCGUGGAAAAACUGAAGCCCGCUGUCGUUCGAAUCUACGACUACUACGCCGUGGAGGACAGAUUCGAAGUGGAGUACGGGCCACCCUGCAAGACAUAAGGUUACCCUUCACU